AUGCACACCGCGGGACGAGACGCCUAUCAAGUCGCCAGGAGGCUCCGCCACAAGAUCAGCCUUAUACGCAGCCCUGUAUAUAUUUGGAUCGGCAUCAACGCUCGUUUCGCCGAUGACGUUGUGCGCUUUUCCGACUUUACAACCCAAGACGCCCUCUGCUUUCCUUUCAAAGUCACUAUGGCGUUUGGAUCGCAGAAUUGCAGCAGUCCUCCAGGCGUGGCAUCCACCGACGCUGGUGUGGCAGGUGCUGGCACCUUGCUCUCCUUCAUCAUCGCGGCAGGGCUGGCGAUUUUGAUCAGCGGAAUCAUCAUCUUGCACGAGGCACGAAAGGGCACCAGCGAGGCAAAGAUCUUAAGAAAGAUGCUGCAGUCAUUUAGCGACCAGCAGAUCCUGUACGGCAUUGGUAUACAGAGCGUUGGGCUUGCGAAGAUGGAAUCCAUGGUGCCCUACCACUUCUUCAUUAUAUGGAUGUUAAGUCUACUUUCGACAGCGACGCACUUGUCAACGCUCCUUGCGUUGGUCAACGACUUCAAGCGGGACUGGGUCCUCCGAUGGAUACGGCAGUUUCUCAUGUUCGUUAAUCUCGUGCUGUCGUGCGUCUUCGGGAUCUUCGUGCUUAUGGUCACGUUAAAAAACAUGAAUCCCACGUUGCCUGUGGCUUGCGUCUGGGAGCUUGAGACAAAGGGCGCUCCUUCCAAUGCGGCCCUGUCUAUCGCAGGCACUAUUGCAGUGAUUGUCGGCAAUGCUGUAGUUUUCAUUCUUGGAGUAUGGUACCUUCACAGCAGGAAAAAAGGAAGAUGGGUCAAGACUGCCCAGAUCGUCGGUCUCGUCCUGAUGAUAGCCAUCGCUGUAGGCGCAACUGUACGCGUGAUCAGCAUAUCGCAAGCCUUCGGUGACCCGUCCCCGACAGUACUUGCAGGAACAAGUGAGGCAGAUUGGAGUUUCGGUCAGCUUCUCCCGCUGUUGCUUCUUCUACUGCCUCUUUUAUCGGCGAUUGAGAUAAUAAGAGGAGAGAUGGGUGUGCCUUCACCUGUUCCUGAUGACGGUGCAGAUAAUAAACCCCUACUAGGGGGCGGUGGUCGGAUAGAGGAACAGGAAUUAUUCCAGCCUAAUCCAUUCUGGGGUACAAGAACGGAGAUUGGGAAGGGUUCAUACGGUGCCAUUCAUCAGCCACAAUUGCAGCUUCAAGAAGUUGUGUGUAGUCUGUUGCAGUCCAUUGGCCUUACGCAAGAUGAACUUUGCGACCGUUAUCUUCAAACAAUCCACGAGUGGUUACCAAUCAUUGACGAGAGUAAAGUCCGUGACUUCAUGGGCUCGCCGUCCAAUGGCAAAAUUUUCGACUCUGGGGUCUUGCUGUGGUCUUUGUACUUGGUGACUCGACAGCCUUGUCCAGACCAUGUCCGUUCAAUGCGUGAUUCGACGUACCGAGCCGCUAGACAACUAUUUCUUCUCCAAGCUUCGGAGAACGCGAGCAUUGAGUUACUUCAAGCGGGAUUGUUGAUCGCAUAUUACGCCUGCGGCCAUGGGUUUCCCCAAGAUGCUCAUAUCGUACUCGCAAAUUGCCUUUCCAUUGCCCAGUUUCAAGACAUCAUGAUCCCUACCACCAGAGACGAAAGCAUUGAUGACGUUGAAAAGUAUGCAUGCUCGUGGGCCCUGAUACUGUUGGACAGGACUAUUGCCUUAUCAUCCUUUGAGAAACCCUUACCUCCGAUUUGCCACCAACGCAAGUUCUGGGAUCUCGAUGAGAUCACUUCGCUUGACAUCUUCGAACGUCAAUUCAGCAGUUUUUUUGUCGCUGCUCGGGUAGCGCAGCGGAUCGGUAAUGCCCUUGAGAUGAUAAAUCGUCACGAACCUCUGAUUUCAGCUACAUCAGCUUAUCGUGAGGAAUACGAGCAGCUCAGUGUUCUGACUAGGAACCUUAUUGGAAUAAUAAUGGCCGAUCCAGACACUUAUACGUACUGUGCGAGUACAGCGCUUGCGGUUUGCGUGUUUGUUGGGCUACAAAUGCUAAAUCCUAAAUGUUUCGAGGCUGGACCCCCCACAAAAGAAGUGCUAGAAUUCCAGUACAUGUUGCGCAUAUUACGAGACAAGUUCAAGGCGUCUACGUAUCUUAUGGAACGCGGUAAUCAAGGUGUGAUCCCGCCAUUGGCAAAUUGCAUCCUUGCGCGCGGGGCAGUAAUGCUAUCACAGCUUGGUUGGCAGAAGUACCUUCCUGAAGACGAGUUUACUGAACUGAGAGCAAAUCUGGAGCGCGUAGGCAAAAGAUGGGCAAUCGGAGCGUCAACUUUGCAAUUCAUUGACAGGUUAACUGCUUCCGAAGAGCAACACCCGUAAGAAAGCUUGACCAAAAAGACAAGUCUCGAACAUACACGGUAUUUACUUGCACUGCGUUUGGGGGUUUCCCGUUCAGACAAGGGGAAUUCCGGAUACAACCAAGAGCGAACAAUGAGUAUGUCCAUUCCAGACUUACAAGUUGAAGCAGAUUCAGCAACCAGCAUCUCUGUCCUUUUGAGCAAAGCAAUCACAAGAUAUUCAAUGAUCUUCAAAAAUGGGACCAAUUCCUGGUGAUCAGGCUCGACAAAAUGACAGUUUGACCACGUUGGUGAGAUUACCUACUUACCACAAAAAUCGGAUCAUUACUAGCAAUAGCUCAUGGGCGGUAUUUUAUU